AUGCUGCGGCCGCGCUCCGCGGGCGGGACGUCACCUGUGGCUGCCAGUGCAGUCGUGCCCGCGGGGCCGCCGUUGCCGCCGCCCGUCGGGCCUGCAGCUGAGGAGGCCGCGCCGCCUCCGACCUCACCCCUUGCGGUCCCAGCCGGGGCACCGUGGGGCGGUGGGGGGUCGGUCGACGAGGAGGUGGGGUUCCUCGGCGCGCUCGCCCCCGUGGAGACGGCCAUGAUCUACCCUGUUGUGCGCGGGCAGGUCGAUGUCAAGGCCGUGGCCCUCGUGUCCUUCUCAGCGGAGGCCGCGUGGCUGUUGGGGAGCCAGCUGCCCGUGUCGCCUGCCGCUGGCCCGGGCUGCCGUCGCGGGAGAGUGGCGAGAUGGCUUUGUCGCGUGAGAUUGUCUGGGGUAUACUCGCUGGGAGGUUGGUUGUCAGUCGACGGGGAGCCCGACUGGUGGACGGUGUGUCGGCUGCGCGGCGGCCAGGUCGCCGAGACCAGAGCGGACGUCGGGGAGUCGCGCGUGGUGGACGCCGACAGUGAGGCGCCAUCAAAUCCGACCCACUUCGAGACGGAGGGCGACCGCCGUCGCCAUCGCCGCGGCUACCGCGGCGGCGCCUUGAUCAACGGCGCGUAUCUGCCCGUGCAGCUGGUGCCUGAGAUGGAGGUCGGUGACUGCGCGGCGCUGAGAUGGGCGGCGUUCGAGCUGGUGAGUCGAGCUGGUCCCGACGGCCUUGUUGCGCGUCUCGGCAUCGCGCCGACGACGAAGCGGGAGAAAGCCGGUGGAGGCACCGACCCGCAGCCUGCCGCCGCUGAUGCCGCCGCGGCUGGUGGCAGCGUCUGGCUUUGGCUCGACAACUGGGCUCGUUCAGAGAACAUCGGCCGAGGGGGCAGGGCGCGUCGCGAGCAGUCCGUGCUGUGCGAGGCGAUCCUCGUCAGCGGCGCCUAUGAUCAGGUCGAUGUGCUGUCGCUGGCCCCCUUCGAGAUCAUCGCGAGCCAGAUCCCGGGCAUCGUGGGCGCCCACUGGGGUGGCCCAUCUCGGCCUCAGUGUGUGAACGCUCGCCUGUGCUCAGACGCGAGGGCCGCGGUGGACAUCGCCGCGCCCGCGCUGAAGCACUGCGUGGCCAGGAUGGGCAAGGGCGAGGCCGAGGUCGAGUCCAUGCGGUCGCGCGUCAGGAACCUACCUGCUGCGGCUGACGUACUCGCUCCUUCCGGUCUGCCAGUCGCUGGCGCUGCCGCUGGAUCAGGCGGCCCGAAGGGGCGGCCCGAGUGGCCCGAGGGGCCCGCCAAGGGGGGCAAGGUCCCCGACGGGCCGCAGGCCACGUCGGCGUGCACCGUUGCCGUCUUCAACUUGAGCAGGAGGUACUGGUGCGAAUCGCCCAGGGGGUCCAACUCCACGGCGGGCCGCCUCUUGAUCUUACCCACAAGGAGGCCUACUCUGGGCUACUUCGAGGCCGUGGUGUCUACGACGCUGAGACGGCAUGCGCUGCCCUGGCGCCCUGCCAACGUGGCGCGGCCUCUCUUCCAGACGAUGUCUCUGCGGUUCCCGCCGCGGGCGCCCCUGUCGUCGGUCGCGCCCGCGA